AUGCCCAGCCAAACCAAUGCAGAGAACAGGGACCUUCGUUACGCACCAUAUCCCGGCGGCAACCGCAACUUUUCGCGUGCGCAGACGUCCUCUGGCCCAUCGCUUCCCAACUACACGAAUACGGAGUACAACUCAGUGCAGAGCAUCGACACCAUAAUGCACUCGACAUUCCAGGAUGAGCUCUGCGCCCGCGUAGGCUUGGCGGGUGUUGACCUUGGGCUCUCGCCCGAGAUAGUCGAGCAUGCGCAGCUGCUGAGUAAGGUUCCACUGACUGCUGAGGGCAAAGUCUGCCUUGUCGGGGGCGAGUUUGUCGCCAUCGACGCUCGUAUCGCGCAACUCACCACCGAUGUUGAGGAGAUCAAGAGGAGCAUCUUGAACAUCGAGGCCCUCGUCCGCGCCAACUGGGUCGUUAAUCGCUCUCUCCCAAGUCGUAUCAUAUCAUGCCAGCAAGCCGACUCAUUCUAUCAACAGGAUCCUUAA